AUGGGCGCAACGGCGCUCAAAUCCAUCCGCUCCAUCGCCCCCCUCCUCGACCGCGUGCUGGUGCAGCGCAUAAAAGCUGAGACGAAGACGGCCGGCGGCGUCCUGCUCCCCGAGACGGCGGUCAAGGAGCUGAACGAGGCGAAGGUGUUGGCUGUCGGCCCCGGGGCGCUGGACAAGGAGGGCAAGAGGAUGCCGAUGGGCGUGCAGACGGGGGACAAGGUGCUUAUACCCAUGUUCGGUGGAAGCCCGAUCAAGGUUGGCGAUGAGGAGUUUUCGCUUUUCAGGGAUCAUGAUAUCCUCGCCAAGGUCAAUGAGUAG